AUGACACCCAAGCAGAGAGUCGUCCGGAUCUGCACUGAGCAGCCCACCUAUGCGGUCUGCGUGAUGGGAACAGAAAUCUCCCUGGACAUCAGAGGAUGCAUGCCGAAGGAUGCCACACAUUUUGAUGUCCAUGGAACGGCUGGCCUCAAAGUCUCCAUAAUCUAUGAUCCAGAGUUUGUCACAAGCGCACCAAGAUGGCCGCUGAAAUCUGCCGUGGAGGUUACAGUGGCCAUGAAUGGCCCCAGCAGUGCUGUGAACGAUGAUAAGGUUAGAGUUUCCUAUUAUGAUUCGACAGGAGGGAUGCUUACCAGUGCUUGGCUGUACCUCACGUGCAUGGCUAUUUCUCUGGAUGCUGAUACCAACCGGAAUGGAGUGGUGCAGGCCAAUUCAACCAAUAAGAAAAAAUGGACCUGGGGCCCCAAUGGGAAAGGAGCGAUUUUGUUGGUGAAUUGUGACAGGGAUGACCCAGGCUCUGCGGACAUGGACAGUGCUGACUCAUACGUCCGAUCCCAUGCAGACCUAGAAGACAUGUCACUCGUGAUCCUGACCACUGAAGGUCCGGCCGGCAUCUUUGAGAACCAUAAGCUACUUCUUCAGGUCUCCAUGUUUGAUGCACCCAAACUGAGAGUCUUCCAUGAUGGUGGCAACACUUCCAUCUCCAGCUACAAGCACGUGUUGGGGUCAGAUAAGCUCUCCUACAUCGUGGAAUGCUCUGAUGGAAAGCAGCAGACUUCCUUCUUCGUGGAGGGCCUGGCCUUCCCAGACGCUGGUUUCGAAGGACUGGUUUACUUGCACGCCACCCUUUUGGAGGCCUCUACUGAGUAUUCCACAGACACACCUGUUUUCUCAGACACGGUGGUUUUCCGAGUCGCUCCUUGGAUAAUGACACCCAAUACAAGGAAGCCCUUGGAGGUCUUUGUUUGCAGCGUUAAGGAUAACGAGGACUUUUUGGAGGCUGUGAGAACUCUGACCAAAGAAGCCAAUUGCAAGUUGACAGUUUGCCCAUUCAAAGAAAAUAUGGGUGACCGCUGGAUCCAGGAUGAGAUUGAGUUUGGUUACGUGGAAGCUCCACAUAAGUUAUUUCCUGUGGUCUUUGACUCCCCUAGAAACAGAGGCCUGAAGGAGUAUCCUUUUAAGAGCAUUCUGGGACCUGAUUUUGGGUAUGUGACGCGAGAGCCUAAGAAUGAAGUUGUCUCCACCCUGGACUCCUUUGGAAAUCUGGACGCUAGCCCUCCUGUGACAGUCAAAGGGAAGGACUAUCCACUGGGGAGAAUCCUCAUUGGGAGCAGUUUCCCCAGAACUGGUCACAAGAAAAUGGCCAAAGUUGUCAGGGACUUUCUCUACGCCCAGAAGGUCCAGUCUCCUGUGGAACUCUUCUCGGACUGGCUCACGGUGGGCCAUGUGGAUGAAUUCUUGACCUUUGUCCAAGCUCCUGACAGAAAGGGUUUCCGAUUGCUUCUAGCCAGUCCCUCUGCCUGUUAUAAGCUGCUCAAAGAGAAGCAAAGAGAAGGUUAUGGAGACAUUGCCCUUUUUCAAGGCCUGGGGGACAAGAGGAGAAAAACGAUUGAUGAGAUCCUAAUGAACAAAACGUAUCACAGUGACAACAAGUUUGCGCAGAGCUGCAUCGACUGGAACCGCAGCAUCCUCAAGCAGAAGCUGGGCCUGAGCGAAGCAGACAUCAUCGACAUCCCCCAGCUCUUCACUGUACAAAAGUUCGGUGCAGAGGCCCUCUUCCCCAACAUGGUCAACAUGCUUGUGCUGGGGAAACACGUGGGCAUCCCCAAACCAUUUGGCCCAGUCAUUGGCGGGCAGUGUUGCCUGGAAGCAGAGAUCCGCUCCCUCCUGGAACCACUGGGCCUAACCUGCACCUUUAUCGAUGACUUUUUCUCCUACCAUUUGAAUAAAGGAGACGUCCACUGUGGCACCAACGUCCGGCGGGAACCCUUCGCCUUCCACUGGUGGAAUUUAGUCCCCUGA